AUGGUCGUUCUGGCAGCGUCAAUAUGCACCCGCGGAGGCAAAGCGGUGCUCUCGCGCCAAUUCCGAGAAAUCGCCCGCUCUAGAGUUGAAGCUUUACUCGCAUCCUUUCCAAAACUCGCGGAUUCCGGUACCCAGCAUACGACCGUGGAGCAAGACAAUGUCCGCUUCGUUUAUCAACCCCUCGACGAGCUAUACAUCGUCCUGAUCACAAACCGCCAAUCGAACAUUCUACAAGACAUUGACAGCCUUCACCUCUUCGCCCAGGUGACCACCAGUAUCUGCAAGAGUCUAGACGAACGGGAGAUUCUGCGCAAUGCGUUUGAGUUACUUAGCGCAUAUGAUGAGCUGGUGACCCUCGGUUAUAGGGAGAAUUUGUCUCUGUCCCAAAUCAAGACAUUCUUGGAGAUGGAGAGUCACGAAGAGCGAAUCCAAGAAAUUAUAGAAAGGAACAAAGAGCUCGAGGCGAGCGAAGAACGCAAAAGGAAAGCCAAACAAUUGGAGAUGCAACGGAAAGAAGCCGCACGCAACUCACGCAAUAUCGCUCCGCGAGCCCCGUCAUACCCCGUCUAUACUCCUCCGUCGCGUCCUGCCGUGCCCGACACGUACGACAGCUAUGAAGCGGAGAAGAAGAAGACGUUUGCCAAGCCGUUGCCCACCCGAGGAAAAGGGAUGCAGCUGGGUAAGAAGUCAAAGACUACAGACAUAUACGAGAAAGUACGCGGCGACCUUGGCCCUGAGGCUGAAGAGUCGAGCCCCCUUGUAACGCCGCAGGCUUCGACUCCCGUUGCGGAAAGAGUGUCCUCCGCCCGUCCUUCACUCUCUGCCGACCGUGACCCGAUCCAUAUCACAAUCGCCGAAACCAUCUCCGCCUCCCUCACACGUGAUGGUGCGCUCAAAUCCUUCGAGGUCAAAGGCGACCUUCAGCUUCGUAUUAGCGACCCUGCUUUCACCAAGCUGAGACUUGACCUUCUCGCCAAUCCCACGCAUGGCGCGCAAUUCCGCACUCAUCCUAAUGUCGACAAGGCUGCAUUCAGCAAUUCUUCUAUCAUCCAGCUGAAAGAUACAUCUAAAAGAUUCCCUGCCAACAACUCAAUCGGCGUCCUCCGUUGGCGUGUUGCGGGCUCAGGCUCUGACAAUGCCGAUGUGCUCCCAAUCACGUUCACAGUCUGGCUCAACAAAGGCUCCGACUCUACUACAGUGACUGUCGAGUACGAGCUCACGGGCUCUGACAGCCUUCGGGAUGUCGUCGUUACCAUCCCAUACGGCACGGCUGAGCCAGCUGUCUCUAGCUUCGACGCCGUUUACGAGGUCUCGGGAGACAGUCUUGACUGGAAUAUUGGAAAUGUGGAUGAGAACAACGCAUCUAGUAGCUUUGAGUUCGAGUCGACUGCCGAUGACGAGAACGAAUUCUUCCCUAUGACGGUGCGAUUUUCGAAAGCCAGCCCGUUCGUCGAGGUCGACGUCACCAACAUCUCCUUAAUAGAGGAAGGGGAGAGCACCGGAUACUCCAAGGACAUCAAAAGUGUCGCCGAAGGCUAUCUUAUUGAGUAA